GCCCCGUUAAGGGCCAGGCGCGGAAACAGCGAUGCUGCCGGCGGAGCGGCGCCGGCUCUUCAGGGCACGUGCGCCCGGCGCGCCCCGCGCGCCGGGGACACAGGGCCUCGCCAUGCCGGUCACGGAGAGGCUGCGGGAGCUGAUGAAGAGGGCCCGGCGGGAGAUGAACGGGAACAUGACCCAGCUGCUGGCCGGCUCUGCCAAGAAGGUGCUGCUGCAGAAGGUCGAGUUCGAACCCGCCCGCCGGACCUUCUCCGAGCAGCUGCAGAGGCUCCGUGGCAAGUACGUGCGGCUGAACUCCCCAGCCAAGGCUGCCGGACACCAGUGCGGCCCCGAGGAGCAGCAGCGAGUCGAGCAGGAGAGCGGCGAUGCCCUGGUGGGCUCAAGGGACGGGAUCCCUGCGCCCCAGAAGGUGCUCUUCCCCGUGGAGCGCCUGUCCCUGAAGUGGGAGAAGGUGCACCGGAUCGGCGCGGGACUGCGCAACCUUGGGAACACGUGUUUCCUCAACUCCACCGUGCAGUGCCUGACCUACACCCCGCCGCUCGCUAACUACCUGCUCUCCAAGGAGCACAGCAGCACCUGUGACCAAGGCAGCUUCUGCAUGAUGUGUAUCAUGCAGAACCAUGUCGCGCAGGCUUUUGCCAACAGUGGCAACGUGAUAAAGCCGGUGGCCUUCGUCCGAGACCUCAAGAAGAUCGCUCGGCACAUGCGCUUUGGUCAGCAGGAGGAUGCGCAUGAAUUCCUGCGUUACACCAUCGACGCUAUGCAGAAGUCCUGCCUGAGCGGCUGCACCAGGUUGGAUUGCGAGACCCAGGCAACAACAUUGGUCCACCAGAUCUUUGGCGGUUACCUGCGGUCCCGUGUGGAGUGUUUGGUGUGCAAGAGCGUCUCGGACACGUACGACCCUUUCCUGGACCUGGCACUGGAGAUCUGGCAAGCCAGAGACCUACUGGAGGCGCUGGAGCUGUUCGUGAAGCCAGACCUGCUGGGUGGCGAGAACUCCUACCUGUGCGCAGGAUGCAACAACAGAGUGUCGGCCACCAAACGCUUCAGCAUCCACCGACCCUCCAACGUCCUCACGCUCUCACUGAAGCGGUUCUUCUUCUACGGUGGACAGAAACUCACAAAGGACUUGGCGUACCCUGAGUUUCUGAACAUCCGCCCAUAUAUGUCUAAGAACAAGGGGGAUCCUGUCAUGUAUGGGCUCUAUGCAGUGCUGGUGCACUCUGGGUAUAGCUGCCAUGCAGGGCACUACUACUGCUACGUGAAGGCCAGCAAUGGGCAGUGGUACCAGAUGAACGACAGCAUGGUCCGCUGCAGCAACAUCAAUGCAGUGCUGAACCAGGAGGCCUACCUGCUGUUCUAUGUGAGAAUCCCCGGCCCAGAGAAGAGCUUGGACGGGCCCAUUGCCAGAGCUGCCUCCAAGCUGACUGUCUGCAAUGGCACAGUCUCCAAAGAGGCGAAGAAAACUGUGAGCCACAGGCCCCUGUUUCCAUCCCUGAGACGCAGCGUGCUGCCAGAGAAGAAGGGGCCGGGGCCGGAGGAGGUCGGGGUGCCCGUGGACCGCAGGACAUUGAGCACGAGACCAGAGCUGCAGAACGGGACCGCCCCGGAGAAGCUGCCCGUCACAUCGCUGGGAACCCAAGAGGCCUUCAAAGCCACCUGUGCGGGCACAGCGCUGCCCAGUGCCACAGCCCAGAGCCCAGAGCCUCCCAGGUCCACGUCACCCCUGGGCUCCAGCAACACCAGCGGAGCAAGCUCAGCCAAAGCACAUCAUCCUCGGCAGAGCUCCUGGGAGGAAAGGAUGCCACCUGCCCAGGCCACAUCCCCAGUGCUGCUGGGCCUCACCCAGCAGCCCGGGAGCACUGGGGUUAGAGCCCAUGACUUGGAGGAGGACUCGGGAAGCAGCAGUGCUGCCAGCCCAGCGCCUGGUGCAGUGGGGAAGCCGGACACAGUUUCCCAGGAGGCCAGGAGCAGAACCAGCAGCUCCUGCAGCUCUCGGGAGACAGAGCGUGGCACCGACAUCCCUGCUGCCCCCGGUGCCGCGCCGGCUGACCCCGCAGCCGUCAGGUGCAUCAAGGCGAAAUCCCCCUGGUCGGCCAGUGCUGCUGCAGGGCAGAGCAGCAGCAUAUCACCACCACCGGCCAAGAAGCUGGCGCCCUCUGGCAGAAAGGGCUGGAAGCUGCACAGAAGUGCCCACCACGCGCAGGCUCGCGUGCGAGUUGCUGGCAGCAACUUCCCACCAAACACCGGCUGCCCCGACUCAGCUCUCCUGCCUUUGGGCACGUGCAGCGCGGAGAAGGAGCCCAGCCUGCUCACCGCCGACUCCUUCACGAAGAAACGGCGGCAUGAGGCAGUCAGCAGCCUCGGCACUGCAGCAGGCGAGGACGAGGUCUCCAUCCCACCUAAGAAAAAGAAGAACCUUCUUGCUGCGGAGGCCUCGGUGUCCCUGGAGGGGCUGGAGGCAGCAGGUCCCAGUAGUGACAGGGAGGCACCGGGCUCUCAGGCCCUUGAGAGCUGGCUCAUGUCAUCCCCCCCUGCUCACCCGGACUGGGAGCCCAGCUCUGCCCCAAGGAGGGAAAAGAAGAGGAGGAGGGAGGAGAGCGUGGCUGCGGUGGAGCCCUGGAGGGCAAAGAAGCAGCGAGCAGAGGCUGACGUGACCAGGCACCGCAAGCACAAGUGGAGGGGAAGUACCAGCAGUCAGGCCACGGGGGAGCCGGCUGCCAAAGUCAUCCGUGCUGCAGUGGCAGCAGACAGCCAAGCUGGAGACGGGUACAGGCGCUGCCCUGCUACCAGGAGGCCUGCACCUGACCGUGGGGCUGGCACAGCACCAACGAGCCAGCCAGAGUCCACAGUGGUGCAGCAGCUGCUUGUGGACUCCUUGGACAAGGCUUAUGGCAAACAAGUCUUGACCUGGAACGGCAGCAUCUCGGCUGUCAGUCGGGAUGCCAUUCAGUCUACAGCCUCGGCCCGGAGGAAGACCAUCAUCGACGAGUGGGACGAGGAGUUUGACAGAGGGAAGGUGAAGAAGGUUAAAAAGCGGAGGAGGGAGCAGAGACACCACAAUCCCUUCCAGCGGCUGCACCGCCAGCGCAGCUUCUGGGCGGUGACACAUCCGGCCAAGGCAGCGAGCCUGGGCCACCGCCUCUGAGCCUGAAUCCCAGCCAGCGGGAGGAGCAGCCCCGGCCAUGGAGCUCUGUCCUGGGAGCUGCUGCGCACGGAAGAGGACACCGCUCCCCAUGUCUCUGCAAGGCAGCUCGAUGUCGCUGCCUUCUGCUGUGAGGGAGCUGAGGAGGAACGUGCCUUGUCCAGGCUCCUUCAGGAGCUCUCCUGCGCCUGCAGCUGGAGCAGCCCCUUCUCCCCCCCAGCCUGGAGCCUCGCUUGGGGGGGCUCCUGCCAAGUGCCUCACGACCAUCGCUGCUGCUCCGGCUCCAGCCCCAUGGACCCAGCUGCGAUCCGCACCCAGGGCUGCUCCUCCUCCCACUCCUGCCCCCCAUUUCUCCCCCCCCCACCACUUUGGAGUCACCGUUAAACUGUCCCCUGCACCGGCCCGCGCUGCGCGUGGGGGGCGGCGCCUCGCGGGGACGGGGCGGCCGUGGCCGGCAAUAAAGACGUGAUGGUGAUUCGGUA